AUGAAGAUACAGUGCAACGCUUGCGAGAAGGCGGAGGCGAAGGUACUCUGCUGCGCCGAUGAGGCCGCGCUGUGUUGGGAAUGCGAUGAGAAGGUCCAUGCGGCCAACAAGCUCGCAGGGAAGCAUCAGAGAGUGCCACUUAUUGCGGCUUCCUCCUCUUCAACUUCCUCAUACAGGGUUCCCAAAUGCGAUAUCUGUCAGGAAGCUUCUGCCUAUUUCUUCUGCCUGGAAGACCGAGCAAUUCUUUGUAGAAACUGUGAUGUUUCCGUUCACACGGCAAAUCCUCAUGUUUCAAUCCACCAGAGGUUCCUGCUUACAGGUGUUCAGGUAGGCCUCGAAUCCACUGGAUCAGCUCCAUCAGUCUCAAAGGAACAAUCAAGCUCUGCUAAAGGACUUACCGAGCGAUCUCCUAAGCGCCCCAAGUCAAGUCCACAAGCCAUGUCAUAUUCUGGAGAGAUUAAUGAAGUUUAUGAAGAUGGAAGAAUGGAACCUCUCGGGACAUUUUUUGGAGGAGCUCCAAUGGCUGCAAGUAUAACUGAAUGGCCACUCGAUGAGUUCUUCAGAUUCACAGAUUUCAACCAGAACUAUGACUUCACAGAUAAUGGUUCUUCUAAGGCUGACAGUGGUAAGCUUGGAAGUUCAGACGGGUCGCCAUUAAACCUAUCACCUGAUGAAGAUAGGGAGGCCGAAGAGUGUUUGGUUCAGGUGCCAGAAAUCCCAUCUCCGCCAACUUCGUCGGGGCUCAACUGGCCGAGAAACUCUCACUAUCUUGCGUCAGAGAACGCGGCUUUUGUUCCCGACAUUUCCACUCUGCAGAAUCCCUACCAAGCUCGAACAAGAUUUCCAAAGCGCAGACGGUCGUGGCAUGGCUGAUCUUGCCAUCACUGUGCGAGAAGAUAGGAGGGACUAAAGAUGUUGUUCAUACAGCUAACUGAAGUUAGAGAGAGGUAAAGUUGAAGUCUAAAGGAGUGAGUUAAGAUUGUUGUUUUUUUGUUUUGAUUUGCCUUAACAGUAACCUAUCUUUUGGUGCUUUGAUCCGAAUUUCUUUCUGUCUAUAGUAAAAGGGUAAUCAAAGUGCAGUUGAAAGCGCAGUUAAAACGUAGCUACUACAAUAACUGCAGUUUGAUUGCGCUUUUACAAUAGACUGAAAAAUUCAGAUGAUUCUCUCUGUCCGAUUCAUAAAUUUGGAAGUCAACUGAGCUUGGAAAACUUCUUGAGUAGAUGAAAGGAAUUUUGUCACUCUUCUUUCCUUAGCCCAUAGAAAGCAGUAUUUUAUA